UCUCACUCACGUUGUUCACUGGAUUUCGUCAGUCUGUGAUGCAAUUCAGUCAUUUUAGUUUCUACUAAAGAAGAAGAAACACUUAUCAACAUCAGAUAUCACUUUAUCACGUCUCAAGUCUUGCCGAUAAGCCAACGCAAUUCGAUACCGUCAAACUUUGUGAGCACUAAGCGAAAAAGGGGAAAAUGAGUGGGCAACGUGUGUUGAGCGUGUUAUCCACGAUAUCCAAGAGUUUACCAGCAGGGACUCAAUUAAAAACCCCAACUCUCAGACUAAUUCCUGCACCACGACGAUCCAUUUGCCUCUUCAGCACGACUUAUUCGAAUAGAAAGACUGCCUCAAAUGCCGAACCUCACAUCAACGACGCUAAAGCCAGACCUGCCGAACAAGGUCUUCGACUGGAUGAAAAUCCUAGGGACGUAGGACCCAGCAGCUGCUCCCCCCAAACUGAACCGGAAGAGGUGGAACGCAAACUGAGGGAGGAGGUGAACAGAGCCACGUCAGAAAAUGCAGCACUUUUAUCGAGGGCUAGAGACUUUGAGGAUAAAUAUUUGAGAGCCUUGGCAGAGACGGAAAAUGUUCGUACACGACUCACGAAACAGGUUCAAGAUGGGAAACUAUUUGCCAUUCAAGGAUUUUGUAAAGAUUUAACCGAGAUUGAAGAAAUUCUUCGAAUGGCAAUUGAAAGUGUUCCAAAGGAUCAGUUAACACAGAACAAUAAGCAUUUAAAGGACUUGUUUGAAGGAUUAACAAUGACCAGUGCGCGGCUAUUGCAGGUCUUCAAAACCCACGGUCUCACACAAAUCAACCCUAUGGACGCAAAGUUUAACCCUAAUGAGCAUGAAGCCGUUGUUGUGCAGGAAGUUCCAGGCAAGGAGCCAGGAACGGUGAUAUUCGUAUCAAAAUUGGGCUACAAAUUACACGAUCGAGUCAUUCGUCCUGCUGUUGUAGGGGUGGCCAAGUAAAUAACUCGUUUAAACCAUUAUGAUGCUUUUUACAUAAGAAGUCAAGUUAAAUGUGCUAGAAAUUCAGAAAAGAUACAUAUUUCAAUAAAAUAAACAAACAUCCCUCAUCA